UUUAUUUUAUGCAUCAUAUUCAUAUCAGUUCCUAGACAUUCAACUUUCUAAAAAGUUAAAAACCUAAAAAAUAAAAUGAAAAUCAAUACCUUAAUUUUUGUCAUUUUGGCACUGAUUUCUUCAGCUACAGCUAUUAAAAAUGCUGUUUGUGGUUUAAGACAUUCUAUGGAUGGUGAUGAAGGUGGUUUUGCCUGUGAUGCCUACUUUCCAUCUUGGUCAUAUAAAAGUGAUACCAACGAGUGUGUCGAAUUUGUCUAUGGCGGUUGCGGUGGUAAUUCCAAUCGUUUCGAUUCUCUUCAAGAAUGUGAGGCUAUGUGCAAAGAAUAAAUAUUUCUGUAUAGGUUUUUAUUAAAAAUUAUUUGUAUAAUAAGAAGUAAUUAGUAAUUUCGUAUUAAUAAAAAAUCGAAUCAUUCACAUUA